UACUUUGUAUAGGUAUAUAGGCAAGCCCGUAAACCAAACAAACAAGCAGUUCUUUGAAGCAGUUCACAAGCAGUUUAUGUUUACGACUUUACGUAUUGUUUGGAACUUUGGAUAUUUUUGGGAUUACAGACACGCUUGCAUUUGUUGCAAAAAGUGUUUACACCCAAACCAUGGACUCCAAAGCACUUACCUCUUCUAUUGCCCAAUUUUCGAUGAAGUUUUGUAAUGAACUUGAUAAAAGCACUAGUGUGGUGUCGUCUCCUCUUUCUGCGGAAUUUGUAUUGGCUCUCUUAACUCUGGGAACCAGUGAUCCAGCACACUCGGAAUUAUUGACAGCACUCGGCAUCCCUAAUGACAAUGCUAUUCGCUCAUUUUCUUCAGUAGCAGAAAAAUUAAAAUCUAUAAAAGGUGUAACCUUAAACGUUGCAAAUAAAGUAUACAUAAAGGAAGGUGAUUAUGAUUUAAAUGAGAAUAUGAAAGAAGAUGCUGUCAAAGUGUUUGAUGCUGCUCUUGAAAAGAUUGACUUUAAUAAAAGUGUAGCUGCUGCUGAUGCUAUUAACAAAUGGGUUGAAGGUAAAACAAACAACAAAAUAAAGGAUCUUAUUUCGUCUGACAGUCUUGGCGAAGACACACGUCUAGUCCUCUUGAAUGCUAUUUACUUUAAGGGAACAUGGAAGAAACAGUUCGACCCUCAGAACACUUUGAACCAACCAUUCUUCAUUGCUGAAGAAACUACGGUUGAAGUUCCUAUGAUGUACAAAGAAGAUAAUUACCUCUAUGGAGAGAGCUCGGGACUAGGAGCUCAGCUUCUUCAAAUACCGUAUGUGGGCGAUGAGGCCAGCAUGCUCAUAGUCCUUCCCAACGAGAUCACGGGGCUUGACGCCGUACUGAAGAAGCUGGCGGGUGGUUAUGACCUCCUCGGGGAAGUUGAUAAGAUGUACAAGACGAAAGUCCAAGUCUCCAUACCUAAAUUUAAGAUCGAGACCGAAAUCGAUCUUACUGAACUCCUACCCAAGCUAGGAAUCAGUUCCAUCUUCAAAUCUAACAACUCUGGUAUCACCAAGUUCCUAAACAAACCAGAAACGUUGUGCGUGACCAAAGCCAUCCAGAAAGCUUUUAUUGAAGUUAAUGAAGAGGGCGCUGAGGCCGCAGCCGCCACCGGCAUGGUGAUGAUGCUGCGCUGCGCUCCGAUGCCGUCGGUGCAAUUCUUCGUCGACCGGCCCUUCCUCUACGUGCUGCUUCAGGAACGUACCGAGCUCUUCGUGGGCGCCUACCGCAAGCCCUAGACUCUAAGAGUCUUUGGAGCCUCAUCGCCGAUAGCGCUGCUUUGUUACAUGCUUACAAGUGCACGUCGACAUCUUACCCGAUCGAAUAACAAAUUGUGAUAACUAUUAUAAAAUAAUAUUUAUGUGCUUAAUUUAUAGUUUUCCAUGUGCUUAGUGAGCAAUGGUCGAAAUGACUGUUCGCGUUAGAUAUGUUGAUGCUUUCGAAUGCAAUAUCUAUAGCGUAAAUGAAGUUUGAAAAGGUUAAUCCACUUAGAAGUUAUCGGGUUUUAUUACAGUAAUGGGCAUCACGUUUUACUCUGCAAUAAUAGACGAGCCGCCGACGCCGCACUUCAUUGCGGACCAUCCGUUCGUUGCUGUGAUCAUAUCCCACAAUACUACGUAUUUCAUGGCAACUUACCGCGGAAUGUAGAUUUAAACUUUCUGGCACAUGAUAGUAGAACCUGAAUAUCGUGACAACUAAAUAACAUCUCCAUACAAUGACGUUUGGUUACCGCUACAACUAGUACUAACUCAGUUUGAUACUUGAAAAAAUUAUGUAUGUUUAUUAUUGUAGUAGGUAGUUCGAUGUAAAAUUAAUCUUUCCAGUUGUAAUAUCGAUUUUAAAAUCUUUUGAAUUUAAUUAAAAUCCAAUUAAUAUUUCUAAUUUAUUUGAAAUAAAUAACUCCUGCAGUAUCUUUGGUUAAGUGUAAAUCUUUAAUAAGUGCAAUAUAUUAUAGUGGGUUUUGAUGUUGCUAUAAAAUGUUUUGUAAUUACCUCAACUUUUACAAUCGUAUGUCAAUAUAUAUGACAGUUUAUUCGACUUCGAAAUACAUAGUUUUUAAAACAACGAAUCACUUAAUUAUUGUAAGGAAACCAAUGACAAAUUGAAUAACGAUUUAUUAUUUAAAAUAAUAAAUCGUUGACAUAUAAAA